UGUUAUGAUACGAUAUGAAGGACUAUGACUUGACUGAUGUUUCUUGUUUGUCUUGUCACUUUUUCUAAAAUACGUAAUUUUUGGGAAGACCUUUGUUGCUAUCAAUUGAUGUUAUUGCGAGUGCAUCUAAAAAAUGGUUGAUCCAAUAUUCGAUUACCAAUUUAGGCUUAUUCUUAUUGGAGACAGUACAGUGGGAAAAAGUUCUUUGUUGAAAUAUUUUACAGAUGGGAAAUUCGCUGAGCUGUCUGACCCUACGGUCGGUGUGGAUUUCUUCGCGAGAAUCAUAGAAGUUCAAGAUGGGACAAGAAUUAAACUGCAGUUAUGGGAUACGGCGGGUCAAGAGAGAUUUAGAUCUAUAACGAAGUCAUACUAUAGGAACUCGGUUGGUGCACUACUAGUGUAUGAUGUGUGUAAUAGGUCUAGUUUCGAGCAUAUACCUCUGUGGAUGAUGGAGGCAAAGAGACACAUAGAGCCUCACCGGCCAGUGUUUGCACUGGUGGGCUGUAAGGUGGACUUAGUUGGCACAGAUAACAAAAAUGGUGCAAGAAGGGAAGUAACUUGUGAGGAAGCUCGUAUGUUUGCAGAGGAGAAUGGUCUACAUCAUGUGGAAACAUCAGCGAAAACAGGCCUGAAUGUAGAAGAAGCAUUUGUUCUAGUCGCUCAAGAAGUAUACAACCGCAUACAAACCGGAGAAUACAAAGUAGAGGAUGGAUGGGAUGGAAUCAAGACUGGUUUCAACCGUCCUAAUGGCAUGGACUUCAACCUCCUUGAAGCUGAAACGGUACAGUCUACAUGUUGCUAGGAGAAGAUGGAAAAGUGUAUAUAUAUUUGACUCACAAUAGUUUAGUAAAUAUACAAUGAGUAAGCAUAAUUUUAUAUAUAUUGUGUAGAUAUGGUGUGGCGACUGCUGUUUAAACAUUUUGGUUUCAUUCAUAUUUGAACCUAAGUUAUAAAUAUUCAUUUUUAUUUUAGUCAUGGUCGGUGGUUUAAUAUUUUUCUAGUGCAUAGCUAUAAUUUUACCUUGAGGAUUGACCUCACUAUGAAUGUUCACAAUUCUAUCUGGGAUGCAGCGUUUUCCGGCUAUGUAAAAUUUUAUGUGUCAUACUGGUUUAAGGACUGUUGUCAUCAGAAGCUCUUGCUUAAAUAAUCACGCUAAUAUCAUAUCGUAGAUUGCAUACUAUGCAAGAGACUUUGGUGAUGGUUAGUACCUCACCGUCAUUGAUAAUCAAUUCUUCCAUAACAUUAAAAGCGUUACUCCACUCUUGGAUUUUCGCCUGCGUUUACAAAAAUGCAAUUUCACAUACAUUUUGGAUUAUAAAUAAGCAAAAUGUUCAAAGCAUUGUGUCCCGGAAUUUUGUAAAAAGUUCAAGUGGCUGCCAAUCCUACUUCGUAAUAAUCCUGCAUAUUCUAUCUAUGUGCAUGAUCGGUUUUCUGUAGCUUGUCCCCCUGUAGCCCUAUGUAGAUUACAUCUAAUUCAAGUCCCACCUUAAUU